CCCCUCCCUAGCUCGCCAUCUCUCUUUCAUUGAAAGACAAGACAACGCGUUUCAGUGAAGAGAGGCAAAAAAAGGAUAGUAGUAAAUGUCUGGGCUACAUCAAGACUGUCAUAUGCAUCCCUCGUUCAAGACAAAGCCUGUGUAUGAGCUAAACUGUUCUUACUGUGACCACCUGGUCUGCGUUAGAGGAAUGAGAGCGAUUCUCCUAGCAGAUAAAACAGUUGAACUUUACUCGACGGAUCAACCUCCCCCAGGUAUGCUAUUACUGGUUGGCCCGGAUUAUCAAACCAACAAUUGUCAGUGUAAAAUACAAGAUACUGCAUGUUGUGGAUGUGGAUGCAUGGUAGGAUAUCAUGUAACCGUUCCAUGUCACUCUUGUCUACGUUCAUGCAAUAACGGUCACUUCUGGAUGUAUCACUCAAACAGUGUCAGACCAUCAGAAAGAUUAGACUCCACUGGUAAAGAGAUUAUGGUGUGGGCUAGUGUCCCUCCAUCAAGUAAUGAUGAGAAGAUGGUUCCUUACAAACUGCCACUAUACAUAGAAUGCUGUCGAUGAGCUACACUUCUCUCCUCUCUCUCUCUUGCUUUCUCUCUUUCAUUAUUUCUACUAUAUUAUCACACCAGCUUCAUUAUAUAUUAUAUCCUUGUUGAUUGUUUAUUUCCUUUUUUUGUUUGUUUGUAGUAAUUUGCUGUUUUAUUGUCACUGUUAUAAUUAUUAUUUUGUGUAAUGCAUUAUUAUCGACCAAUAAUUAUUAUUAUUGACUAUGAA